GUCUGACUCUCAAGCACUCGAACUUGCCUAGAAGUAAGUACACUAGAGAUCAUGGAGGGGUCUCGUCCAGCGACACCAGAAGCACCUCCAGAAAACCUAUGGUCGUCGAUAUUGGACUCAGUUUCUUCUUCACGAUCAAUCCCUUCAAAACAAGUUCUGCUUCUAGGUCCUUCGUCGUCUGGCAAGUCCGUACUUGCCUCGGCCUUGCUACAGAAACCAGUUUCUGAAGAGAGCAAAGACGAGACACGGUCAGAUUUUGCUCUUGGAUAUGAUUGGGCCGAUAUAAGAGAUGACGGCGACGAGGACACCUUGGCGCGUCUAUCGGUGUACACAGUACCUUCGGAUGCGAUAGCUCAUACUUCUUUGAUACCACACUUCCUGCCUCCUCGGGUAUCGCUGCCUCAUACCCUUGUAAUGAUUGUCUUGGAUUGGACGCGCCCUUGGACAUUUUUAGACAAUCUUCAGACGUGGCUCAAGUGGGUAGAGAUAUGGGCGAAGGGUGAUGGAUCUCGGGAUCUCGAAAUCGUUCGAGAAGAGAAUCAUGAAAGAUGCCCUGGCACUCUAACCCACAAUUCUGCCGGUGUGCCGAUUAUUGUUGUCUGCACCAAAUCAGACCUGAUAGACGAGGGAAAUGAUCUCGUGGGCGCCAGCAGUUCCGGUAUGGGCGGCAUGGUGAAAGGCAAAGGUGGUGAGUGGGAGGAACGUACGGAUGGCGUCAUGCAGGUUCUACGAACGAUUUGUUUAAAAUAUGGAGCAUCAUUAUUUUAUACCACGCAGCAACCUAACACAUUACAGGUGCUGAGGCAAUAUGCCCUGCACCUCUUAUUUAUCCCACCGGCACCGUCUCCCAUGGCAUCGGGAUCCGAGGCUCCGGCUCCUCUACGCAAUCCAUUUGUCUUUCAUCAUAAGCCGAAUCCCCUAGACCGCGAUCGCAUCGUCGUUCCUGCCGGUUGGGAUAGUUGGGGUAAGAUCGGUGUCCUUCGAGAAGGGUUUGAGGCGAAGGUUUGGGGCGAAGGUUGGGAAGCAGACCUUGAUGCCGACGUGGAGUCCGAGGAUCAUUCAGGUGCAACAAAAAUGUAUAAGAUGCUAGUACCAGAUCGAGGCGCGAAGCCACCCCCUUUACCUCCGUUUAAUUCCCCCAUGGCGGAGCAGGCGUUCCUUGCGAAGCAUUAUGACGAAAACGCCAAAAAGCCAGACCGGGAUCCCCGUGGCGCUUUCCGAAAUCCCACGGAUACGGCCGCAGCCGGUAUUGUUGGGCCACUGGGGAGCAGUAGUUUCAAUCUUCCAAACGUUGAGCGUGCUCUCAGCGAGAUGGAGGCCGGGAUGGGAAUGACCAGCUCACUCAACGCCAGCACGACCGCCGAUGGGGCGCGUAGACUACCACAAAGGGCUGCAACAGGCUCACCGACUACUGGAACUUCACCUAGUCCUGGAGGACAAACUCAACAUGAAGUCUUACAAAACUUCUUCCAAAGUUUGCUUAGCUCACGGGAUCGCGGUGGCGCCAGUGCAACAGCUAAGAGCGUGGGCCCAAAAACAAAUGGCAAUACUAGCGGUACAGACGAUACAAGCUGAUUGUAUUCUUCUGGUGUACUUUAGAAUGAUGGAUUUUUUGUAUCAUAUGGCACGCAGUGGACACAUUAUUAUUGUGUGUUUUCGGACAAUAAACAAGUGACCAAACAAAA